UAUUGUUCCCUGAUUCUCCAGAGAUAAAAACAAUUUUAGAUUCAGAUAUAAUAGAUCUUUUACUUAAACACACACAACUUAUAAUGAUUGGAGAUAUUAUAUGUAUUCCACAAGACUUAGAAAAAGCGCUCUAUUUAUUUGAAGAGGAAGUAAUUGAAAAUUAUGAGAAAUUAAUAAUCGACAACUUUGACACAGAAAUUGCAAAAUCAGCAAUUGAUAAAGUAUUAUCGAAUUACAAUCCUGAAUUUGAAAAUAUAGAAGAUGAAGAAGAGAAUAAUAUGAACAUUUCGUCAGACUCAUCUGAUAAGAUUAGCAAUGCAAGUAAUAAAGCAAUUGCUGAUACUUCAGUAGAUGCUUAUUUAAAAUCAGUUACCGAGAGUAAAUAUAUUGAUAAUAAUAAUGAUGAUAUAAAUGACGUAAAAAAUUAUAUUGAUGAUAUAGUAAAAUAUGAUGUAAUAUAUUCAGAAAGUGCGCAACUUUGUGUUGAUCAUUUUGUAGAAAAAUAUUUUAAUAAGUCAUCAGUUGCAUCAAAUGAUGUGCCACCUGAUAAUAUUAACACAGUCUUGUCUUAUAUAAUUCAAAAUGAUGAAAUGUCCACAAAAGAUAAGCAGGAUUAUUUAGAAGAGUUUUAUUAUUUAACUUUAAAAAAUGGUAUUAAAUUGACACAACAAUAUAUGCAAGGAAAUGAUGAUAUUUUAAAAUCAAAAUUAAAUCACAAUCAGUCUGAAGUAUACAAGGAACUAAAUUUAGAAAAAUUACUAGAAGAAGAUAUAACAGAUGUGGAACAAGGUUAUUCAUUAAUAAAAGAAUAUAAACAACAAACAAAAUCAUUAAAAAUUAAUAAUAAGAAUUUUAGUAGGAGAAUAACACAACUUGACAAAAGUAUGAAUGAAAUAAAAGAACAAGUUGCUGUUUUGAAAGUAAUGAAUUUGGAAUUGAGAAAGCAAAAUGCUGUACAAAAAUUAGAACUGCAAUAUCUAAAUAACAAAAAUGUUUUAAGCGAUGUCCUCCAUUGUAGCAACGCAGCAGUAGAAAUUUUAUCAAAAAUAAAUAAUAUGAUUGAAAGCUAUUGUGGAUCGAAUAUUGAUUCAGAUUAUAACGAGUGGAGGUCAAUAUUAAGUGAAGUAUUGCAUGCAGCUCAAGACCUUGAGAUGGAAUAUGCGACACAAAAAUCGUUGGUAGACUUAAUGAAACAAAAUGAUUUGCGUGAGAUUAACAUGAAAUAUAUACAGCCACCUCUUAGCCCAACGAGAAAUUUAUGUACUUGUGUAACCGAAGCUUUUACGUUGUUACAUAGAAAUUUAACAGACUUGACGGGAGAAUUUUCGGAACUUUUUUCUAUAUUGUUGUCCUAUUCACCAUCAGAUAUUUCUCAAAUAAUACCAUCACAUCUAGUAAAAUUGAAGGAAUUUCUUUGUCGUAAGGAAAUUGGUAAUAAGAAUAUUUAUGAUAAUAGAAUAAAAGCAACAAAUGACGCCAAACAAAAUAAUAAAACAAAACUUGAAAAUAUAUAUGAAAAUAUUGAAAGCAUCGAUAAAAAGUUACAAUCAACUGCUAUUGAACAAGUGGAAUCAGAAGAUAUUCAAACUAAAGAUACAGUUGUCAAUGAUAAUGUCAUUGAAACAUCUAACGAUAAUGAAAUACAUUCACCGCUAUUAGUAAGCAUCAAUAAGGCGUUACAAUCAUAUGAUACUGAACAAAUGGUAGCAGAAAAUAUUCAAACUAAAGAUAAAGUUGACUGUAAUAAUGUCAUUGAAACAUCUAACGAUAAUAAAACACAUUCACCGCUAUUAGAAGUGGAACCAGAAAAUAUUCAAACUAAAGAUGAAACUGACUGUGAUUGUGUCAUUGAAACAUCUAACGAUAAUAAAAUACGUUCACCGAUAUUUGGUACGUCUAUUAAAAUAAAAUCUAAUUUAUUUAUGAAAUGUGAAGAUUCCAUGGAAAAUAAAACCCAUGGAACUACUAAUGAUACAACGAUAAAAGAUGAUAAUACGAAUAUUGAAGGAAAAGAACAAAGUGACGAAAAUUCAUCUUAUUGA